AUGCUGGCAAAACAAGGAUGGAGAAUUCUCUCCAAUCCUGUUUCUCUUAUUGCUAGAUUAUUCAAGGCCAGAUACUUUCCAGCCUGUUUCUUUUGGGAAGCUGAACUUGGAGAUGCUCCAUCCUUCUCUUGGAGAAGCAUUUUACAAGGAAGACCAGUGCUAAAAGCAGGAGUUCAAUGGCAUGUUGGGGAUGGAAAUAACAUCAAUAUUUGGUGUGAUAAAUGGAUUCCAAGCUGCCCACAGUAUCGCAUUCAGAAGCCACCAAACACCAAUUUGGAAGUUGUAGCAGACCUUAUUGAUGCUAGAGCGCGGGUUUGGAACACACUGAAAAUUAGAGAUCUUCUACCUACAAAAGCAACAUUACUCCAUAAGGGUUAUACUGGGGACACUGAUUGCCUACUAUGUCCUGCAACAUUUGAGGAUAGAGCGCACAUUUUUUGUAAGUGUCCUACAGCCCAAACAAUCUUAUCAGCUCCUCCUUUCAAUCUGCAAGCUAGUCUGUUGCCACGUCUAAACUUCAUUGAGUGGAUGCUAGAGCAAGCUAUAAACCUAAAGCAUGACACUUUCGAGAAGUUGCUUAUGAUAUUGUGGGCAUUGUGGAAGAACAGAAACAAUAAAUUCUGGGAUGGUUGUGCCCAAACAUCUACUGAUAUUGUGUUCAGCUCCUUCUCUUGGUUGGAUGAGUUUAGAAAGGCACGACAUGAUGCUGCUGCCAAGCCAGUUAAAAUGCAAAAGAAAACAUGGAAGCCUGACCCCGAAAAGCGAUGGAAGCUAAAUGUUGAUGGUAGUUUUUUACCAAACCAAACGAAAGGGGGUCUAGGAGGAGUCCUGCGUGAUGGGGAUGGAUGUUUCAAAGCUACAUUUACGCAGCCAGUACACCAUGUUGAUAGUGCCAAACAGGUAGAACUCCUAGCAAUCAAAGAAGGUUGGCAACUGUUACAAUCUUUGAAGGUGCAAUCUGUGGUGAUAGAGUCUAAUUGCCUGGAAGUUACUUUGGAUAUCGAAAACCAAAGGUAUGAUCUGAUUGAUUAUUCUGCAAUUAUUGAUGAUAUAAGGAUGACUAUGGUGUGCUUCCCAGGAGUGCAGAUUUGUUUUGCUCCUAGAACUUGUAAUGCAGUAGCUUAUAGGCUAGCUAGUAUAGCUUUUGAUGAUAACUAUACAUCAGUUUGGAUUGAUAAGGUUCCAGAAUGCAUUCUCGACGUUUUACAAUCAGAUUGUAAUCAGCCGACUUGA